AGAGCUCCCUGGAAGCUGGGGCUGUGGUUGGACUGAGCUUAGCUUGAGGGGAUCCAGAGAAGGGACUUUGGGUAAUACACCUGCACUGUCUUUGUUCCAGGGACUCCAAGACGGUCAUGGAUCAAUCUUCAAGGAGGGACGAGUCUUACCAUGAGACACACCCCGGUAGCUUAGACCCAAGCCAUCAAUCCCACCCCCACCCCCACCCCACCCUGCAUAGGCCAAACCAAGGUGGCGUCUAUUACGAUUCUCCUCAACAUGGGAUGUUCCAACAACCAUACCAACAGCAUGGUGGGUUCCAUCAACAAAAUGAAUUUCAGCAUUUGCGUGAGUUCUCAGACUCCCAUGACAAUGCUUUCUCCCAUCAUUCCUAUCAGCAGGACAGGGCCGGUGUUUCUACCUUACCUAACAUCCCUCACGCUUAUGGUGGAUCGCACCCCCUUGCUGAGUCCCAGCACUCUGGUGGACCCCAGAGUGGACCUCAUAUUGACCCGAAUCAUCAUCCCCACCAAGCUGACCCCCGUAGACCCAGUGAACCUUUGUCCCACCCCCACUCUACUGGCACCCACCAAGGGACAACCCAUCAACAACACUUUGAGAGGUCUCAACAUCUUAACCCCCAGCAGAACAGAGAUCAUUAUGCAGACACCAUUUCCUAUCGCUCCAGUACGCGGUCCCAUCGCUCCACUGCGCCGUUCAGUCACCAGGAAAGACCUCGCCUCCACGCUGAUCCCCAUCAUGAGGGCCGUCAUGAGGGCCAUCAUGAGGGCCAUCAUGCCCACUCUCACCAUGGUGAGCAUCCCCACCACAAGGAGCAACGGCACUAUCACGGAGAUCAUAUGCAGCGCCAUAUCCAUCAUCACUCCCCAAGUGCCUCUCAACUCUCACACAAGUCUCACAGCACAGUUGCCACCUCUCCAUCUCAUGUGGGAUCGAAAAGCACAGCCAGUGGGGCUCGGUCCAACUUUGGAGCUCAUUCUCAUAUUUUCGGCAAAGCUCAGUCCAGGGAGAGCUUGAAAGAAUCAGCCUCUCUGAGUGAAGGGGAGGAUCACGUUCAGAAACGCAAAAAGGCCCAGAGGGCCCACAAGAAGGCACACACCGGGAAUAUCUUCCAAUUGCUAUGGGAAAAAAUAAGCCAUCUCCUUUUGGGUCUUCAGCAAAUGAUAUUGUCACUGACCCAGUCCCUGGGCUUUGAGACCUUUAUCUUCAUCGUGGUCUGCCUCAACACAGUCAUCCUUGUGGCCCAGACUUUUACUGAGCUAGAGAUCCGAGGUGAAUGGUACUUCAUGGUCUUGGACUCCAUCUUCCUCUCCAUCUAUGUACUAGAAGCUGUCCUCAAGCUAAUUGCCCUGGGCCUGGAGUAUUUUUAUGACCCAUGGAACAAUCUGGACUUCUUCAUCAUGGUCAUGGCAGUGCUGGACUUUGUGCUCCUUCAGAUAAACUCGCUCUCAUAUUCAUUCUACAACCACAGCCUGUUCCGGAUUCUCAAAGUCUUCAAAAGUAUGCGGGCCCUGAGGGCCAUCCGGGUUCUUCGGAGGCUCAGCAUCCUGACCAGCCUCCACGAAGUGGCCGGGACUCUGAGUGGAUCUUUACCAUCCAUCACAGCUAUCCUCACCCUCAUGUUUACCUGCCUCUUCCUCUUCUCUGUGGUUCUCCGAGCACUGUUUCAGGACUCAGACCCCAAGCGCUUCCAGAACAUCUUUACCACACUCUUCACCCUGUUCACCAUGCUCACCCUGGACGACUGGUCCCUCAUCUACAUAGACAACAGGGCCCAAGGCGCCUGGUACAUCAUACCGAUCCUCAUGAUUUACAUUGUCAUCCAGUACUUCAUCUUCCUCAACCUGGUGAUUGCUGUCCUGGUAGAUAACUUCCAGAUGGCGUUGCUCAAAGGCCUAGAGAAAGUGAAGCUGGAGCAAGCUGCCCGGGUCCAUGAGAAGUUGCUGGAUGACUCUCUGACAGAUCUCAACAAAGCAGACACCAAUGCACAAAUGACGGAGGAAGCCUUGAAGAUGCAGCUUAUUGAGGGAAUGUUUGGCAACAUGACAGUGAAGCAGCGGAUGCUCCACUUCCAGUUCCUGCAGUUGGUGGCAGCGGUGGAACAGCAUCAACAGAAGUUUCGUUCCCAAGCAUAUGUCAUUGAUGAGCUUGUGGACACGGCAUUCGAGGCUGGAGACGACGACUAUGGGAAGUGACCCUGAAGAAUACUAACCUGAGUUUCUGGCAAGCUACCUACCUCGGUGGGUUGGGACAUGGCCCUAAUGCUGCUGGUAUUAUCCAGAACCAUGUUGGACUGAGGUCCCAAUAGAGUUUUUAA